CCACAUUUUCAGUAUUACAGACCCUACUUCGUCUGAGAUCUAUCGUGUAUCUUUGCGACCGCCAUAAUGACCCUUCAAUACGCCCUAGUUGACGUCUUCACCACCACGCGCUUCCACGGCAACCCGCUGGCCAUCGUGCGCGUUCCCGCAGCACAACGCGCCUCUCUCGCGCAAGAAACCAAGCAAAAGAUUGCCACAGAGUUCAAUCUCUCCGAGACCGUCUUCCUGCACGAGCCACCAACCGAGAAGCCACUCUCCGCCGGCUCCGUGGCGAUCGACAUCUUCACCCCGAAAUGCGAGAUCCCGUUUGCGGGCCACCCGACCAUCGGGACCGCAUGCUACAUCCUCACCCAGUCAUCCACCAACUCGCUGAAAGAGCUGGUCACGAAAGCCGGCGCAAUUCCCAUCACUCGGGACUCCCAGACUGGGCUCGUGGGCGCGUCUAUCCCGUUCGCGUACCAUGAGCAUCAAGUUCCGGUGCAGUCCGGCCUUGUGAUUACCGGUUCCGCACCGGUGAUCUCCAUCGUCAAGGGUCUUUCGUUUGUUCUGGCUCAGCUCCCGGAUCUUGAGGCUCUCAAUGGUGUCUCUGGUGCCUUGCUGAAGGACUGCUUCACUUCGGAGCACCUGGACGAAGGAUGGAACGAGGGGCCUACUGGUACCAAGUACUUCGUGGACCUGGGGAGGGAUGAGCAAGGAUGUAGACAGCUCCGGACCAGGAUGUUCAUCGGGUGGGAGGAUCCGGGGACGGGGAGUGCCUCCAGUGCGCUGGCCUGCUAUCUUGCGUUGAAGGAGGCGAAAGAGCUUGGCACGGGCCCGUUCCACUAUCACAUCGUGCAGGGCGUGGAGAUGGGGCGGAGAAAUGAUAUCUACGUUACUGUGGAGAGGAACGAGAGUCGGGAUCAGAUCUCUGAUGUUCUCUUGCGCGGUACUGCGGUGCUGGUGGGUGAGGGGCAGAUCAUGCUAUAGGAGACUCUACUAGUC